AUGUCACAGCCUAUGAAAGGACUUGUGCAGUUCAUUGCGGACUUGCGGAAUGCGCGAGCCCGUGAAGUGGAGGUGAAAAGGGUCAAUGCCGAGCUGGCCAACAUUCGGACCAAGUUUCGCGACCCGAAUCUAAAUGGAUACAACAAGAAAAAGUAUAUCAGCAAACUGAUAUAUAUGUAUAUUUUGGGUUAUGAGAUCGAUAUUGGUCAUGUUGAGAGCGUCAGUUUACUGUCAUCGACUAAAUAUUCCGAGAAACAGAUAGGAUAUCUCGCAAUUAGUCUGAUGCUGAAUGAAAACGACAGUUUACUGGACAUGGUGGUCAAUAGUGCUCGAAAGGAUUUAGAGAGUUUGGAUGAAAUGCAUACAUGUUUAGCAUUGAACUGUAUCGCGACAGUAGGGGGGCGGUCAAUUGGCGAUGCCCUGUCCAACGACAUUUUCAAACUGCUGAUAUCACCAACAUCACCUGAUUUCGUUAGGAAGAAAGCGGCUCUUACAAUGUUGAGACUGUAUCGGAAAAACCCCAAUAUUAUAAUGCCUGGGUGGGCAGACCGAAUUGUUGCAUUGCUUGACCACGAGGAUCUGGGUGUCGCGACGUCGGUAGUGUCAUUAGUAAUCGCACUUGUUCAGGACAAUCCAGAGGAUUUUAAAAUGUCGUAUGGCAAGGCAGUAAGAAGAUUACAGGCAUUAGUAUUUCAGAAAGAGUAUUCUCCGGAUUAUGUGUAUUACGAGGUGCCUGCUCCAUGGCUGUUUAUUAAAUUAUUCCGAUUGCUUCAGUAUUAUCCUCCUACGACAGAUGAGGCAGUAGAAGCAGCCAUUCGCAAGGUUAUUUUCAAGGUCGUUGACAUGAAUGCGGUGCCAGUAGAAAAUAUCCAGCAGAACAAUGCACAAAAUGCCGUGUUGUUUGAAGUGAUCAAUCUUGCUAUUCAUCUCGAGGUAGAUGCUAUAUUACUGGAUCGAAUUGUAGAUGCGUUAGGCAAGUUCCUCAAAUCGAGCGAAACAAAUGUUCGAUACUUGUCACUUAAUGCCAUGGCCAUUCUGGCUGCUCGAUACGAUACUGUACCUAUUAGAAAACAUAUUCCUGCUGUGGUGAAAUUCUUGCGAGACAAGGAUAUCUCGAUUCGUCGAAAGGCAGUCGACCUUCUCUACUGUCUUUGCGACGGUACAAAUGUCAUUACUAUAGUAGGAGAACUACUUAAAUAUCUCCAGUCGGCGGAUUUCGCGCUUCGCGAGGAAAUGGUUAUCAGAAUAGCUAUUUUGGCCGAAAAGUAUGCUACCGAAUACCAAUGGUAUGUGGAUACCAGCUUGCGACUGAUUGCUAUUGCUGGUAAUCAUGUCAGUGACGAGGUAUGGACAAGAGUUAUCCAGAUUGUUGUUAAUAAUGAGGGCCUUCAAGUAUACGCAGCACGAACUGUGUGUUCAUAUCUCAAACAACCCAAUUGUAACGAAACCAUGGUUAAAGUGGGUGGAUAUAUCUUGGGUGAAUAUGGUCAUCUGAUAGCCGACGAUCCAGGCCAUUCGCCUAUUGAACAGUUUUUGCUGCUGCACGAUAAGUUUCCAAACUGUUCGUCGUUCACACGAGGUAUCUUGCUGACAACAUAUGUGAAAUUCGUCAACUUGUUUGUAGAAAUCAAGCCUCAACUGGUACAAGUGUUUGAGUUCCACUCUACAUCGAUUGAUUCAGAGCUUCAACAGCGAGCUUGUGAGUACUUGCGAAUCGUCAACUCGCCCAACCCGACUUUAUUACCAACUGUAUGGGACGAGAUGCCACCGUUCCCAGAGAGAACAUCAGCAUUGCUGACCCGGUUGCAUCAGAAACACGUUAUUUCCGAAGACAAACGAGUAUGGGCACUGGGCAACAAACAAGCCCAAGUCGAGCGUGCUGCACUUAAUCUUGAUCAGAGAGGCAGUGCCAAUUUACUAUCGACACCACCAACCGGAGCACAUGCUGUUAAUGGAGAUCAAAACGGAACUGCAGAAUUCAAAGGAAAUGGGCUUGUUCCUGCUGCCACUGGGGCUGCUGGAAGAUCAGGAGCACCACCACCUCCACCCGUACCAAGAAAAGGAUCAGGUUCUACUGCAACAACUGGAAAAACCGAACCUCUGCUGUCAUCCAACUGGGAAGAAGGGUAUCGAAACCACCUGUCGUCAGUCAGUGGAAUCUUCUAUGAAGACUCACUCAUCCAAAUCGGACUCAAGUCUGAAUACCGGCGUCAUCUGGGCUGUGUCAUUCUAUACUUUAAAAAUAUCUCUGGAACGACUCUACAGUCAUUAUCUGUUGAUCUGUCGAACCCAGCUGGAAACGAUAAACUGAGUAUAGCUACCAAAAACUUCCCGGAAUCGACGAUUCCACAUAACGGGUCAACACAACAAGUGAUCGUGAUUGAAGCCAAGCAACCGUUUGAAGAAUCACCACUAAUCAAGAUCACAUACCUCGCAGGAACAUUAAAAGUGCUGAACCUGAAAUUGCCAGUGGUGAUUGAAAAGUUUAUGGAACCAGCCAAUCUCAAUGCCGACGAGUAUUUCAAGCGAUGGAACCAGAUCGGAGGUGCACCACGCGAGGCACAAAAAGUGUUUAAAAACAUUUCAGCAUCCAGUGCCGACGGACAACUGGCACGAACUGCCGAAGACGAUGCCAAAAUCGUGUCGGGAAUGCACUGGAGCAUCCUCCGAGGAGUCGACAAAAAUCCUGCCAACUUCAUCGGCGGCUCAGUGCUCCACACGUCUGCCGGCGGCAAUUUCGGCUGUCUUCUCCGCCUCGAGCCUGACAACGAUAAAGUCAUGUACCGCGUCACGGUCCGCGCCACCAACGAGGCUCUCCCCAGCAUCCUGGCCAAGAACCUUACCAUGGCCUACCAAUUAUGA